AAAGGGAAGGGGUCUCAAAGGAAGGGAGGGAGAGAAAGAGAUCGAGAGUUUGAAAAAGAAGAAAUGGCGGCAACAAGCGACGAGGAAAUGGAUUUGCUGCUUUCCUCUUUCGAUCAGAUAUACAAUGACGUAAAGAGUGGAAUUGCACAGAUGCAAAUGCUGCAAUCAAACUGUAAUGCCGAAGUCAGGAAUCGAGAAGCGCUUCAACUCACUGCAAACAGCCUUAAAUUAGAUAACCAGAGGCUGGCAAAGUUAUAUACGGGAUUGCUUAACAAAUUGGCUGAUCAGCUUGAACGACGUACCAGUUGCCAGAGCUUGAAAGAAGAACUGGAGACAGUUAGAGAUGAUCAUCGUAGGAAAGAAAAUGAAUACAGGAAUGCCAUGGAAUUGCUUCAACAAGAUUACGCAGGAAAGAUUGAAGAUUUGGAGAAUCAGAUCAGAGGCUUUCAAGUUCAGAAGACAGCAGAUGAUGGAACUAUCAAACAACUGCAUGAAGAUGUGGUUGUGCAUAAAACCCAUUCAGAAUCUCUAAGUAACAGGUUGAAACGAGUUCAUUUUGAUGUGGAAACCCAAUAUCAUCACGAGAUUCAGGAUUUGAAGGAUUGCCUUAUGAUUGAACAGGAAGAGAAGAAUGAACUAAACAAGAAGCUCCAGAAUUUGGAAAAAGAAUUGCUAAUUAGCAGAACAAAGCUAGCCGAGCAUCACCGAGAUACCACCUCAAAUCGACAUGUUGAGACACUGAAGCAGAAAAUCAUGAAACUGAGAAAGGAGAAUGAGGUCCUCAAAAGACAGGUACAUGGUUUGAAAGAGGGCUAAAAGGUGCAGGGUUUCAUAAUAGUUGAGUGUUACCACAAACUCCACAAAGCAUCCAGUGGUGUUUGUUCUGUGAUUCGAAGCCGUGCUUUUGUGAGGAAAGGAAAAAAAAAAACAGCUGUGCUUUCUGUGGAUAGAAAUGUUGUUCACAAUUGAAUCCUUCUUCCCAGUUCAAUAGCCUGAAUGAUGGUUGGAGUUAGGGAGACCAGAGUCUGCUGUAGUGCUAUGGAAUGUUUUGUUCUAGACAAAAAGAAUACAACUUCUUGUAUUGAUAGCUAAAGAAGAGAGAGUCUUAAACAUAAGGUAAUUUUUUUGUUUAGCUAAAUCUUUUGUCUGGUA